AUGAAGGUACUCGGUCUUUGUGUUUUGGUAUUUGCUGCCACGGUCCAGGCUAGAAGCGCUGGAGUCCAAGAUGUUGCGCCAGUGUCCGCGACGGCGCCUAGCCCCUGGGUGGUGCACCUGCGCAUCGCUGUGGACAACAGGGGUGGACUCCUCAACUCCUGCGUAGGAUCCCUCAUCGACAGGCGCUGGGUGCUGACGGCAGCGAGCUGCGUCUCUAAUGGCCGCUUCUUCUGGCUCCGCUACGCCGCUGCCAACGUCAUUAACCCUACCCUGGUGACGGAGACUUCGGCAACGCGCUCCAACGGUGAUCUGGCGUUGAUCUCAAUCAACCGCAACGUCGAAUACACCGACACAAUCAGCGGCAUCGCAUUGGCUGGUCUCGAUGACGAGCUCCCGGAAAGCGGUACGCUCUGCGCCUAUGGAGCUGGCGAGGGAGGCGUCGCUGGGGAGGUGCAGACCUGCUCUGAAUGGACUUUGCAGGACCUGGGCAAUGGCCGCUUCGAGGGUGUGAGCGAGGAAGGUCAGGCCACCGAGUUCGACGUCGGCGCACCUUUGGUUUCCAACGGUGUGCAAAUCGGAGUGCUCUUACGCCCGGCUGCAAAUGGCUCUAAUGCUGUAUUCGUGAGCCCGGCCAGCUUCAAGGAUUGGAUCGAAAGCGAAAUUGCCGCU